UCUCUGAGCCAACCGGAUGUUCCACCCCUGACAGCCUCUCCCCCUCAGCAGAGCAUCAACAUGGAGCUGCUUAUGAACUUUCUUACCUUGUUCUUUAAGGUGUUGACGUUGCCCCUCCAACUGAUCGAAGCAGUUGGUCUCUACGAAUGGUACAAAGGCUUCUUCGCGUUGCUCAUGUCCAAAAUUAGCGUUUCGUACAAUGCAAAAAUGGACGACAAAAAGAGGGACCUGUUCAGCAACCUUCCGGACUUCAAGAAGCCCUCCGAGCCGCUAACCGUCCUGGAGAUAGGCUGCGGGACCGGGACCAACUUCAAAUACUACCCACCUGGCUGCAAAGUCAUCUGCACCGAUCCCAACAGACACUUCAAGAAAUACCUGGAGAAGGGUAUGAGCGAGAACACCCACCUGUCUUUCGAGAGGUUCUUGGUGGCGGCCGGGGAGGACAUGGGGUCGAUUGAGGACGAGACUGUUGACGCCGUUGUGGCCACCCUGGUGCUGUGCUCUGUGCGGGACAUGACCCGCACCAUUCAGGAGGCCCACCGCAUGCUCAGGCCCGGGGGAGCCCUCUUCUUCAUGGAGCACGUGGUCGCAGAGCGCUCCUCCUGGACCUACUUCUUCCAGCACAUUCUCCAGCCCAUGUGGUACUACUUUGGCGAUGGCUGUGAGCUGACCCGGUCGACCUGGAACGACCUGGAGGCCGCUGGGUUCUCCGAGCUCAAACUGAAGCGCAUCGAGGCUCCCCUCAACUUCCUGAUCAAGCCACACAUCGUGGGCUACGCCGUCAAGUAGAUUUAGCCUGAUAUCCAAGUCACAACACUGAGAGAAUGACCAACCGUUCCACUUAAAGGUGUAGUGUGUAGGGUUUUGUGGCAUCUAGUGGUGAGUUUGCAGAUUGCAGCCAACUGAAUCCCCCUCCCUUUCCAGCGCCAAAGCUAAGGUGGCCUGUGAGGAGCCAAAAAUGAUGAAAUUGUCCAUGACCGCAUCGAGUUGCCAAGUGAAGAUGUUCCUUGACAGAUGUAUAAUUUGGAUUGUGUUACCUUCUCCGUUAAGCUAUAGCUCAUAGCAUAGAUAACACACCAAGUAAAACAGUUUUGAAUGUUUGAACCAUCUUCUACCGACUCUGUUCCGAUAGAUGCCACUUAACUCUACAUACUUUAAUUAAUUUGUGCACCUUUAAUGUUUAUCAACACAAAUCACAAUCCGCUGCACUUCGGUGGGAGACAGAAUUGAAAUUCCAUGCACAAGUUCAUUCAAUUAGUUUACUUAAUCAGUUUACUUUAUCAAAAUGCAUCUAGUGUGGCCAGUGCUUAUGGCGUUUGGUGUAAUCUAGGUAUAGAAAUAUCUACCAAACCGCUGAUAUAGUUAGAAUACAAGAGCCUACAGUGUUACAGCUUUGAGUUUAAGGACAUGUGUUUUUUGUGAGAUCAGAGAUUACCUUAGAAUGUUUACCAAUUUAUACACCCGCUUCAUUGUUUUAAUGGUUUUAUUUUCAAAUGUAAGAUCUAGUGAGUGAGUAGCGGCAGAUUUAACCACGAGGGCUAGGGACUGUCCAUCUGUUACACAAGUACACACAGAUCGAAGACCUUUGACCUUGAUGAACUCAAUAAACCUACAUUGUUAAUGUGUAAUAAAACAGUGUGGAUCACAAA